AUGGGGAGCCGCCACCUCAGCCGCGCCGCCGCUUCGGGCCAAUCCCCGCGCGCCACCUGGCCUCCUCCUCCCUCCUCCGCCGCCACGGGCCAGGGCGGCCCAGAUCUGGCCCGCGGGGCCCGGAUUCGCCAUCGCCCGACCGUGCGCCCCCGCGCCUCCGCCCGCCAUUCGUCGCCGGCGCCGCCCAUCACCGCCUCCGCCCUACGCCGUCGCCACCUUGCGCCUCCCCGCGCCGCCGCCUGCAUCGCCGCGCCGCCGCACGCGCUCCACCGGCGCCGCCCCUCGCCUCCGGCCGCCGCGCUACCUCCCUGUUUAAGUGGAUCGGGGAAAACGAUUCGUUUUUGCACAAAACACCCUGUCGUUUGGAUUAUUCAACCCGCGGUCCGAGCAAAUUUGGGUAAAGAAAAAAACACGACCAAAGGAGGAGAACGGGCUCGCCUCCUCUCCCUCUCGCUCAAGUUCCUCGCCGCCGCCGCCACCACCCACGCCGGCAGCUUCCGGCGAGCUCCGACGCCGCGCAGCACGCCCCCCAACUCCCCACAGUCCGCUCCUCCCUACCCUCCGGCCAGAUUCUCCGCUCCCGGCCUCUACCGCCCGCUCGAAACGCCACCCCCAUGGCUAGGGUUUCGGGCAGGGCUUCGCCGGCGCGUCUCCGGCGGCCCAGAUGCAGAUGGAGCACGCCAUGGGAAUUCCCCAUCCACCAUGGUCGCCGCCAUCAAGGGCUUCUUCACGGAGAUGUGGAGGACGCCAUGGACCUGCAGCUCCAAGGUUCUAUCUUGUCCACAUCCCCUCCCCUCCCCUUCCCGUCCCUUCCUCAUCUCGUUUCCUUCCCUUCCCAUGCAGGUCAACAGGGAGGAACCCUAG